UUGAAAACAAUCGGUUAUAAAGUAAACGGAUGGGAACGGCUUGUAUUGGUGAAAGAGUUCCAGACCAAUUCAUCAUCAUAUACAACCUGCAUCUGAAAUACCAUCAAAAGACGACUUCAUACCACGAGUCAACCGAUAAACAUCAAACCUACAACAACCAAACACACACACACAAACAAUCCAAAAUGUCCGUCAUCAGACUCUCCGCUUCCGCUCUCCGCCCCGUCGCCGCGCGCCGCAUCGCCCCCGUGUCCCGCACCGCCUUCAACCAGACCCGCUCCGUCUCUUCCAACGGCGACGAACUCGGCGGCGUUCAAGGGUCGGAGCCCGCUACUAAGCCUAACCGCUACAACGUGAGAGCCGGCACAAUCACCGCCAUCGGUGUCCUAGCCGCGGGCGGGUAUAUGCUUUAUAAGAAGGGGGAGGAGAAGAAUACCUCGCCUUUGGGGGCUAGUCAGUAAAGGAGGGGUUUGAAGGACUGGGUCGUGGAAGGGAAAGAGUGCGCUGGGUCAAUCAGCAAUUCCUUUGAAGGAUGGCAAUGGGCCGAUGGGCGUGUUAGGGAGGGAUGAGCGAUGAAGCUGGCUUGAGGACGCUGCGCGUUGAAAGGGGUUAAAAUGGCUGUAAUGAUACCUAAUGAAUCAUGAAUAAAUUGCAUCGAGAACAUUUGCGGCGCACCUGUGAUGAGGUUUGAUGUUUUUAGGGGCGUGUGUUUUCUUGGUGAUGAUGGUUCGGGUGAUGCUGAAUCACCGGGAGUCCCGUCUCCACAUUCCAACUGCCGGCCUCCGAAACAAGACCCCACUUCCCGUCUUGGUGCGCCG